AACCUCACUAACUAACAAUAUUUAAAUGUUUACAUCAAUAACACGGGUUUUGGAUAAGGGAGAUAAUGAUUUUCUUGAGGAGAUUUGAAAAUUAUCACAAACAAUAACGGCUUUUUGUUAUUAUCGCCACAAUAAAAAGAAUGCUGUUAUUUAUUUACAAACUCUCGCUUCUGGGAGGGAAAACUGUAGAAUACAACUACCAUAAUGCAUUGCGAAUUAGCCGUAUAGAGGGAACGGGGAAUUCGUGUAAGCAUUAAGACUUUGUUACCUUGCUGAGAUUAUACAUUUGAGUGUUAUACCGAUUCCAGGAUAAAAACUUUCGGUUAUCCCGAGCCAAAGGGGAUUCACUUCUUCUAUUUUUUCCGGAAGAAACCGUAUAGAUGACAGAUAGAAACGCAAGCACGUAUCACGAAUUGAAUCAUUUAGUUCAAAAAAAGACGUUUGAUAAUCUUGUAACAAGAUUGGGAGUCAAAGCCGGAGAUGACUGUUUGGACAUUGGUUGUGGGACAGGUAAUUUAACAAGUUCCUUAAUUAACGUGGUUGGAAAAAAUGGAUCCGUGCUUGGUAUAGAUCCUGAUGAACAUAGAAUAGCAAAAGCCAAACAGCAAUAUGGCGGCUUAUCAAAUAUUUCUUUAAGUUAUGCGAGUAACCUAUCUGGUAUUUCAAAAUGUUUCGAUGUUGCUAUAGCAAAUCAUGUAACACACUGGAUGACCGACAAAGUAAAAAUGGAAACAUUUCAAGUCGUGUUUCAAAUGCUAAAACCAGGAGGUGUUUUCGGCGUAUUCUCAUUACUUAGCGUCAGUGAGAAUGUCAAGCAAAUUUACCGUUACGUACCGGAUAAUGGUAAUGCACGAAAAUUGAUGAAUUGUGAGUACUCCAGUUUGAAAAAUUACAAAAAAAUAUUUAUUACAUGUGGGUUUGAGAUUAUUUAUGCUACGGAAUCUAAUGAAUUCGACUGUUUUGAUUCAUUGGAAACAUACCUGAGAUGGAUGAAUGCUUCUGCGGGUGGUGAUGUCGAAGAUAUUUACAUGCAACAUAAGGAUGAUAUUUUAUUUGAGAAAUCUAGUGAUGGCAAGUAUAAACACCCAGCUCAUUCUGUUUGUAUUAUUGGAAAAAAACCUUUACAAGCUAAGCAAAAAAGUCGGUAAAGGGUGACUAUAUUUUGGUUCAGCAAUUAAUAUUUCGUACCCAUCAAAUUUUUUUUCGUGCAUUUUUUUAAGACCACCUAUUCUUACAGACUUUUUUGGUAACUAAUUUUUAACCAAGAAAAUUUUACGCACUAUUAGUAACAGCAUUUUAUAACCUUCGUUUAAAAUUCUCCAAACUAAAGAAAUAUCUGUCACGAUCACCCACAAUAUUUUUGUCUUCAUGUUUUGGGUCCCUCUUCCACAACAUACUACCAGCUUCAAACAAUGAAGUUUUUUAUGAUGAAAUAGCGCCAAAUUGCAUCUUUUUCUGACAUUCGAGACACCGAUACGAACAUGACCCUGGCGCAGGCCUGUUAUAACUUUGUGCUGUGAUUGGAAGAAUUGACGUCACCAAUUUAUGCAUUAACGCAGCGAGCUGGAUUAAACUGUUCUAUUCCACUGGGGUUAAAAUAAAGGAAAAAUGGUGCUUUUGGUCGUGAGUUUAGCUGGAGACUUUUGAGUGCGAUGACCGAAUUUAUUGUUACCCUUGACUAUUAAUGUUAGAUAUUUUGUAUAGCUACUUGGUGCAAAAUUAAAAAGUGUCAGUUAAGAAAUUUAUAUAGCUAGCUAGCCAUAUAGCUAGCUAGCUAGAUCGUAUUCUUUUUAAGAAUAUACACUUACUUUUGAUAGUGUUUGAAGCGAUGCUUCAAAAUGAUCAUCCAAAAUGACUGUCUUUAUUGACCUGCAUGCCACACCAUAAAAGGAAAAAAGGCGACACAAACUAGUCUCAUCUUUACAUUCAACCAACCAUGUGGAAAAGUGAGUUUAAAUCUGCCCUUUUAUUUGCUGUUAGCCCAUGAUUAGGAGUUCAUCUGGAAUAUUAGACAGAAACCUUAAAUACUGGAAGCAUUUUGUACAAUUUCUCACCUCUUCUGUUAAGCAAUUAAAUAAUUCUGAAUCAUGCAGCGGUAGUGAGGACGCUCUUACCUUCUUAAGGUUGGUAGGUGGAGUGAGGUUGUACAGUAGUAAUAAACAUUCUCUGUCCAGUCGUGGGUAAAUAGAUGUAUACUUCUACUCUGUUAAAACCAAAGUCUGAAUCCAAGCCUUCAAUGAUUUUCCAAACAAAUAUAAUUCUGUAUCGUUAACGACGUCUUUGAAGCGAGUAUAAAUUGUAUUUUCUGAGUGCAUCUCAAUGGUUAGAGAUGUAUUUGCCUUUGAUUUUACGUAUGAAGUAUUACUGAAUCAAUUUAAUUUGUUGAAUGAUGCCCGCAGUGGUUGGACAACACAGCUGUGAACAAUAUUCAAUUCGAGGUAACAAAACCAUUUCCCCAUAGGGUUAACAUUACUGCACAAUAUUCAGGAAGACAACUUUUCCCUGGAUCAAUUACACUAUGUAUGUGAUUCUUAAACGAAGCAUCGAUUGUCAUUAAUACGUCAAGAUCUCUGACUUCAUUUUUUCUGUGAUAAUUGAUCCUGAACAUGUUAGGAAGCUUGUGCAUAGUUUCAAGAUUUCAUCGUGACCGUACCUGAGAACUUUAAUUUCAUGUUGGAGUAUUCCAAGGUCAUUCAUAUAUUCUGUCAAGGUCUCCUUGCGGUUUAAAGAUAUCUUGGACAAUUGCUACAGCUCGGCUGACUUUUCUGCCAUUAGCAAAACAUUCUAAGUUACUGUGUUUGAUAUCUUUAUCAAUAUCUCCAAUAAGGAUCAGAAAAAUCAGCAGCUAGUACAAUAAACUUCAUUGUGGUACACCUAAGAUAACAUCAACAUCUCAAAUAUUUUUAUUACAUGAGAUGUCAAAGCUAUAGGACGGUAAUUUGACGCUACUGUUUUUAUUCCACCUUUGAAAAUGAGAGUAAUUGAAAAGAGAACUCGCAUUAGUUUUUGUUUUUGAAUAUUUUUUUGCGUAACUUAAGAAAUAUUUUGGACUGAUUUUAAUUGCGUUAGUUCGAAAUGUUUGAAAACCCCCGGACAGAAUAGGGCUAACAGAGGCGUGAAUAAAGGAAGUCAAGUUGUAAUCAAUAUUAAACGACCACGAAAGUCAG